ACAGUUUCUGCUUCAGUCGUACAGGAAAGCUCAGACAGUGAAUACCCGUGCCAAAUCCCGACGUUCCCGUGUUAAAACGUGACUAAGAUCGCGAGCGACACCGUAAUAUAAACAUUGCAACAUUUCUAAAGUUACUGCAUCCCGUUUCGUAAUAUUAUCGUGACAUAAAAAAGACUUGUCAGUGUUUAAUUUUUAUUAUUCUUGCUUUGAUGUUGGUGAAGGAACUAAGUGCAACAAUGUUGGACAAGUCCAUCUUGGGUGGCAGUUGGGAGAGUGUGAUCUCGCGCGAUGAUUACGAGAUCGACUAUAGCCCGAGCCCGAGGGGUUCUCCGUUGAAGGAUACGUCAAACAUCCAGGACGAUCAGCCUUAUCUGAUCAGCCGGCACAAUCCUAACAAGACCUUCCGUCGAGAAUCGGUAAUUGCCUCGUGGAAAAACCUAAAGAAGGAGAGAGAGCAAGCUCUUGGCAAGCGGAUAAUUUACGUCGACCCGGACAAUUAUGAAGAUUACUACGGAAGGAACAAAGUAAAGCGUUGCAAGAGCGAAAGAACGGCAAGUACGCCACGCAUUCUUAAAAAGGUUAAACGUACAUACUCAGUGCUGUACCGCUACGACCCGAAUGAGGAGAAGGUCGUAAAGGAGUACAAGUACCAACCGACUAAAGAGCCUGAGCCGACAAUGAACUCAAUGCAGAAAUCGUUCUCUGAACCCUUUUUGGGACCCGAGAGGAUACCCAAGAAGAAAGUUAAGAGAUCCAUCACAACCCUUCUGAACAUCAAGACGAAAAUCCUUAACAUUUUCUCACCGAAGAGUUAAUGGGUUUACAGAAGUGAAUCUGUGGGGUUUAGUUGCUCAAUUUAAUGCAUUUUCCUUUAGGUUAAGUAAGCGUUAAUAAAUUUCAUUUGGUAUGAAGUGGAUAGCGCUUGUGUAGUUAUGUAUAAUGUAUACUGAUAGUUUUAACGUAUUAAUUAUGCAUCCGUAAGUAAUGAUGGCGUGUUAAUUAAUGUACUUGACAUUUCGUGUAAGUGAAAUGAGAGAGAGCGUGUAUGUUAAUUCAAUCCAAACCUGUUUCUUAUAUACGUCCGUAUAUGAGAAACGUGUCCUAUUUCGAUGAUAUUUUAAUGCGGCUUGGUUUGCGUAGAUUUUUGAAUCGGUUAUCCAUGUGACGCGCAAAUAUAACCAUCUGAUAAAAGGAUCUAAAACAAUCAAUGAUGCAAUGAUAUUUAAAUUACCUCAACGUUAAUACUUUUGUAAUUUACUUCAGAAAAAUAUAAGCUCUCUAGAAUUAGAUGUUGUAUAACCAAUUUAAAGGAUACUUGUUUAUAUUACGCCAGUUAAACUAGCCAUAUUUUAUAAUUAAUUUUAGAAUUUUGUGAUAUAUUUGUGUGUUGUGAUUAAGCUAAGUGUGACUUCGUCUUUAUAAGUAAAACGCUUAUAAAGAUUGAAAGUAAAACAAAUAAUCCUCCAAGUCUGUGUCUUAAUCAUAAAUUUUCAAAUGGUUGUUUCAAAAAUGUUGUUAUUUUAUACUUAAUUACAAAAUUAUAAAAAAAAAAUCGGUUCCAGUAACAGUAAAUUCUAGGUAAACUAUCAUCAGCAUAAAUUUUAUUAUAUACUCGUAAAAUCAAAUAAUGCAUUUUGUGAAGUUCCAUAAUGAAAGGUCCGCAUAAAAUAGUCAUUGAAAAUUUCUGAUUCUUAUCACAUCUCAUCUAACACAUAGAUUUUUAUAACUUAAAGGACAAAAUUAAUUCUGUAAUUCUUUA